CAGAGGGAGGGCCGGGCCGAGGGAGGGGAAGGGGCCGGUCCUGCCCGCGCAGGCGGCGCGGCGGCGGCAGCAGCGUCGGAUCCGCGCCCGGCCGCCCCGGGGCCGCCGUCUCCACCGCGCGCGGUACAAGGAAAUGCUAGAACUAGUGAUCUCACCCAGCCUCACUGUCAACAGGGAUCGUCCCAGGAACCUAAAGCUCGAUCGGGCCGACACCGAUGUCUGGGCUCUGAGUAACAGAGAAGGUAGGUUCCUCUCAGCUUCUUUGCGACUUGAGCGGAUCUUUUCAAAGUCUUGCCCUCGAGUUGUGCCUAGCCAGCCUCCCGUGGCCAUGGCAGCUUACGGCCAGACGCAGUACAGCACCGGGAUCCAGCAGGCUGCCCCCUACACGGCCUACCCCACUCCCGCACAGGCCUACGGAAUCCCCUCCUACAGCAUCAAGACAGAAGACAGUUUGAACCAUUCCCCGGGCCAGGGUGGAUUCCUCGGCUAUGGCUCCAGUUUCAGCACCCCGGCUGCUGGACAGAGCCCAUACGCCUACCAGAUGCACGGCACAGCCGGGAUCUACCAAGGAGCCAACGGGCUGGCCAACGCCGCGGGGUUCGGAAGCGUACACCAGGAGUACCCGUCCUACGCCGGCUUCCCGCAGAGCCAGUACUCGCAGUAUUACAGCCCAUCCUUCAGCCCGCCCUACGUCCCAGCCGCCAGCAUCUGCCCGUCCUCCCCGCUCGCCCCGUCCGCGUACGCGCUCCAGGAGGCCGCACACGCCAGCGCCAACCAGGGCUCCGAGUCGCUCACGGGUGAAUUCAACACACACAACGGGCCUUCCACGCCGGCGAAAGAAGGCGACACAGACAGGCCACACCGGGCCUCCGACGGGAAACUGCGAGGCCGGGCCAAGCGUGGCAGUGACCCCUCCCCGGCAGGGGACAAUGAGAUCGAGCGUGUGUUCGUGUGGGACUUGGAUGAGACCAUAAUUAUUUUUCACUCCUUACUCACGGGGACGUUUGCAUCCAGAUAUGGGAAGGACACCACGACGUCGGUGAGGAUCGGCCUGAUGAUGGAGGAAAUGAUCUUCAACCUCGCCGACACGCACCUCUUCUUCAAUGAUCUGGAGGACUGCGACCAAAUCCACGUCGAUGACGUUUCGUCCGAUGACAACGGCCAGGAUUUAAGCACCUACAACUUCUCUGCUGACGGCUUCCACAGCUCGGCUCCAGGAGCAAGUCUGUGCCUGGGGUCCGGGGUCCACGGCGGCGUGGACUGGAUGAGGAAGUUGGCCUUUCGCUACCGGCGUGUGAAGGAGAUGUACAACACGUACAAGAACAAUGUGGGCAGCUUGAUAGGGGCGCCCAAGAGAGAGACCUGGCUGCAACUCAGAGCCGAGCUGGAAGCGCUGACCGACCUCUGGCUGACGCACUCGCUGAAGGCCCUCAACCUCAUCAACUCCCGACCCAACUGUGUCAAUGUGCUGGUCACCACCACUCAGCUCAUCCCUGCGCUGGCCAAGGUUCUGCUGUACGGACUGGGCUCUGUGUUCCCCAUCGAGAACAUUUACAGUGCAACCAAGACAGGCAAGGAGAGCUGCUUUGAGAGGAUAAUGCAGCGGUUUGGCCGGAAAGCCGUCUACAUCGUGAUCGGGGAUGGGGUCGAGGAGGAGCAGGGAGCGAAAAAGCACAACAUGCCUUUCUGGCGAAUAUCCUGCCACGCCGACCUGGAGGCGCUGAGACACGCCCUGGAGCUGGAAUAUUUAUAGCAGCCCCCCUAACGCCUACCCUCCUGCGUCCCCUCACUCGCCGGAUGCUGGACGCCGGGCACGGCCUCCGCGGGGCAGAGGAUGCUUCUAGUGGCCGC